AUGGGGCACCUCCUCGCCCUCUGGGCGCUCGCCACGGACCAGCCCGCGACCUUUGGGCGGCUCGCCAGCGCGUACGGCGUCUACUCGGCCGUCGUGCUCGCAGAGCCGCCAGGUGGAGGCGAGCGCGGCCUCUUCUGCACACGUGCUGUGGCGGCGGGCGAACCGCUGCUGGCGGUCCCGUGGCAGCUGUGCCUGGUCGACGAGGACGAGCCCGGCGACGAUUCGCUGGAGAGCGUGUGGGAGCAGCAGUCCGACGCGGCUGCGCGUCCGGCGCGGGAUGUGCGUCUCGCCGCUCAAUUGCUGGCGCAGCUCGCCGGCGACGGCGGCGACGGCGGCGGAGACGCCGCGGAGCUGUCGCGCUUCUGGCGCGAGUGGAGCGCGAUGCUCCCGCCGGCCGCUGCCUGCGCUCACCCGAUGACUCUUCCCGACGCGCUGCUCGAGGAGCUGCAGCACGCGCCUCUCGCGGAGGCGGGCCGCCGGCAGCGCCGCCGUCUGCUGCGGCUGCUCGCCUCUGCGCCCGCCUCGAGCGACGGCCAGCGCGCCUGGGCGACGGCCAUGUGUUCGAGCCGCCCGUUCCGGCUUCCGGCGCGGGCCGAGGGGCGAGGCGGCCGGACAGCCUUUGUGCCCUUUCUUGACAUGGCCAACCACGCCGCUUCGCCGAACUGCGAGCCGAGCGAGCACGCCGCGGCGAGUGCGAUGCUCGCUUGGCUCGCGGACACGUCGAGCGACUUUGCGACGAGCGAGGCGCAGGACGAGGCGACGCUCGUCGGCAUGGAGGGCGAGCCGGCCCACGACCCCAGGUUCGCCGCCGUCGUCCGGUAUCGGCUGUCGAGGAAGCGGCUUUGCCGGCUCGUCGCCGAGGUGCUCGAGGCGCACAGGCGCGAGCACCUCCCCGCCGCGCAAAGACCGUGA